UUUUGUUUUUGCGCGGGAAAAUCCUUCCCCGCGAUAUUGUGCUUCGACCUGUAUGGUAUAUGUGCUUGCCUCGGAGAGCCAGGCCACGUGUGUGAUAACCGUUAAAAGGAAAUUGUACCUUUCAUUCGAAACGAUUAUAUAACCGUUAAAUCGUUCGUGUACAGGCGCCCGAGGGCUAUUUUAUCGCAGUGUCGUGUGAUACGGUGUAUUGAGUGAAAUCAUCUGCGUCGACGUCAUUGGAGACUGAGCAAAAACUGUGAUUCGUUCGGAAACCGGUAAAAAUCCGCGUAGUGAAACCAGUUCUGGAAAUGAUACGUGAAGCCUGUCGGAGGGAAUCCAACGACGACGAGGGGCGGAAAACGGAAGAGGAGCUGCGCGGUCGACGCUCAUCCAAGGCUAUUCUCCGCGUGCGCAAUAACGCGAAACUCGCGUAGAGAGCGGCCCGAUUACUCGAGGAAAGAGAGAAAGAAAUAUGUUCUGUUUUCAAAGUCCAUUCACGCGGGCGUCACGCGUGCUCGCAUCGCCACUGUCGUCCGCGAAGCCGACCACCGGUUCCACGAUCGGUAUGAUACUCCCGACGAACAAAUCCUCGACACCAUCUGCCUCGAAAUCUCGGGAGAGACGAGGCUCCGAGGCGACCAGCGAGGGUUCUGGUUGCUCUUCCAUCGGUUACAUCGACCAGGAGCCAUCGAUCUCCGAUUGUAGCGGCAGCACCGACACGUUACCGGACGUGAAAGCCGACUACCUAGACCCAGUGACUCUGUCCCCUGGGCCCGAUUCACUGACGGCCAAUUCAGUCAUUCACGUACAACAAGGUGACACUAACGAUCAUAGGAAGCUACUCUCAGAGGACGAGGAUCGUGAGUCGUCGACACGUGGUUCCUCGCCGAAGAAACGAUCGCCAAAAGGGAACGGUCGUUGCAGGAAGCUUUUGCUCCGUCUACGGUCCACGGAGUCGACGAAUUUUAGCAACAAGGAAACCACACGAUUCCCAUCCACAUCCACGUCUCCAUCCCCUUCAUUUGCAAAUGACUCGAUCGGCACCGAAUCGCCCGAUUGUUCGGGAGAACCACACGAGGAUUACGAGACCAUUACAGGGGACACGAUCACGUUGUUCACGAAGUCGUCACCUUCGGUGCUGAUCGAUUCGGUGGAUGUUGGGGACACGGAGGACAACGCUAGGAAUCGUAGACCAACCGCGGCUGCAUCAGAGAACGAUAUAUCCUCGUUGCAGAACGCGUUUCCGGAAUCGGAAAAUGAGACUAGCUACCAUGGCGGCACGGAGACGGAGGAAGGAUCAUCGUUACCGUUGAGUCCCGCAGGACCGUUGACCGCGGGCCUGUCAUCGUCCCCAGUCCCAUAUUACAAUUUCCUGUGCGUGAACGGCGGAGCGAUGCGACAGGAGAUGACCAGCACAAGUUCGCCACAGUUGUGCACCGCUGGUAACCACGAGGCCGGCGACGACACGGUGUCGUUGGUAAAACAGCCACGAGGAUCGUUCGCCGGCGAGAAAUGCUCCCGUUUGGACAGCUUGCAGCCGGAAUGUUUGGACGGCGGCUCGUUCUCUCUGCCCGCGGCGAGAUCCUGCCCGAACUUGGAGAGGCGGAGCGCCGGUUGUUCGCCGACCAGCGGUUCGUCGAGCUCGAGUCCGAGCUCCGGGCCGGUAGGACCGAGGUUCAAACCGAUCGAGGAGGGGGAUAUACAGCUGUGUUUCUUGAAUCAUUCCAAGACGCUGGUCCGGAAAAUUCUGUCGAGCAAGUUCUUGAGACGGUGGGAAACGCAUCGUUUGUAUUUGAACGACACUUGCAUCUCGUCGAGAACGCCCACGGGAUUUCUUCAGCACCCAAUACCGUACUGCAGUAUGUCGGACGUUCGAAGGUACGCCAUCGCUAGAUGGGAUCCCACUUAUAAAAACUGCCUGAGCAUAGUGCUGCCGGACAGUUCUCUUCUUCUCCAAGCGAAUAAUGCUUACACGAGGGACCAAUGGUAUCAUUCGAUACUGUGGAAGAGGAGUAUCUUCAAGUACCAGCAGCUGGUGUCAUUAAACGCGCGGGACGAAGUGAUGGCGAAAGAGCUGAAGUCGAUGGUGGAUUUCGCUCUGUGGACGUCGCUCCAAGACGAACGUGUGACCGCAGCGCCAUUGGAGGCGGUGGCGAAGCUUCUCGAGGAUUCGCUCGCGGAGGAGUCAAAUCAAACAGAGGAAAUGUCCAACGAGGAGUUAUCAUCUCGGUCGGAGAACGACCGUAAACACUGGGCGGAGACAAUCCUCUACGUGGUGUCGCCGCUUCUCGAGAAGGUCGCGCUUCCCGCCUGUCUCGCGAAGGUUCUCGUCAAGCUGGUCCAACGUCAUCCACGGUCCUCCCUGGUGUCCGUGAUGAGCCCGGCGAUCACCAGAUGCCUGAAGCACACCGUGGACUUUGGCAAAUCCCCAGACAUGAGGAAGCUCCUGCAAGCGUUCGUGGCCGCUCUGUACGAGACGGAGAACGGCGAGAAAGCGAUCCGAGACUAUAUCGCGUCCGUUCACGGACCAGGAAGCGACUGUCCACAUCCUCGGGUGCUUCCUAAUCUGGUAUCCGUUUGCGUCGCUGCGAUUUUUCACAGAUUCGAUGCGGUUCGUCAUUCCCUACCAGAAAGCGAGGGAUCCUCGACAUCGCCCCCUUUGCCUCCGUUGGAUUGUUACCUGUUGGUAUUAAAUGUCGCAUCGGAAUAUGCCGAUUGGCGACCCGGUUUCGGCGCUUUGCUGCAACCGGUACCCUUCCCAGAGGAAGCUCUGGCUACGAAGGAGGUCCAGCAGUCGAUACUGAUGUGCGUGAUCAAGCGUCUGGCGAUGGACUCGAGAUGCAUCGUUCACCGCGUACUGCUUCCGGUCAGAGAACCGCGGCCCGGUUGGAUUCACGUCGCCGUGCCGUCCAGUCCCGCGUGUCCUGAUCAGGGGGAAUUGUUCGGCGAGAUGUUGACUACAUUGCUGGCCUGUUGCUGUCGCCGGAAAAGGUUCAUCGGCACGCUGAUGAAACAGGCGCGGGACGACUGCGUGCUUUUGGCGGUUAGAGGAUGCGAGGCCGCGCAAGAGGCCCUCUGUCUGAUGUUAGAGUGGCAUCUGUUGCCGAACGAGGAGGCCCGGCUGCAGAUAGUGAACGCUCUCGAGUCCACAGCGUCCGGUAAAGAACGUUACGCUGCUCUCUGCCAGAGACAGAGGAAUUUGCAAGAAUUGCAACAGAAAGGCGGUCCCAGGAAGUUGACGCUACCUGUUCGCGCGACGGAUGCAGAUGUAGCUCUUUUGCUGGGGGGAGGAGCUCUCGGGAAUCUUGAAUGCCUCAGCUUGGCCUUCACCUCGGUGACGUCCGCUUGCGCCGAGCAACUGAUCAAACUGCCAGCCCUCAGGUAUCUGAACCUAUGGGCGACGCAGUUCGGUGACACGGGACUGCAAAUGAUCAGUGAACACCUGCAGAAGCUACAGGUUCUGAACCUCUGCGAGACACCUGUCUCCGACAAAGGGAUCUCCACUUUGGCCUCAUUGACGAGCUUAAGAAAAUUGAACCUGAAUAGCACCAAGUUGUCCAUUCAGACGUUCGAGUCACUGAAGAAGUGUUUACCAGCGCUGCAAGAGUUCGACGUAAGGUACACGGAGGCCUGGUGACCAGAGCUUUUGACCCGGUCCAAGCCGGAUAGCUUCGCUAACGAGACCAUUACCGUUAGCAGCGUUCAAGAAGAAAACCAGUCUCGAACAGAGUAGAGAGAAGAAAGAAAUAUUUGACACGAGAUUGAGAAUCGCGAUUGGCGAGCUGAUUCUCCUCAUUAGGUGUCACUCGAUCAAUGGACCUGUAAUAACGAUUCCGUUACGAACUCUAGUUACUCUGUUCCAGCGUUGAGGAUGCAACGCUUGGAAACGAGUUGUAAGGGUCGAAAAAACGUGACUAGGAGCACGAUAAAAGCCUGAACGACACGACCGUUCACAGAUUAAAGCGUCGCGAAGCUUCAUGGAAGCCUUGCAUUACUGCCUAAGAGAUGUUAUUGUUUAAAAACGCACUAACCGUGAAAUGUCUGGAGGACGCGCGUCGAAUUUAGAAUAGUCGAGUGGAAUACGAGAAUACGUGGCGUUUCUAUAAAUAGUCGAUGAUCUACACGAGCACGAGCAAGACGACA